AUGCCAAAUUCCAUGCCGCCGAUAACCGGUACUCAUGGCCGCUUGAGCCGUCGACAAUCGCUACUUGUGACGGCUGAACCGCCGACAACUGAUGCUAAUGGCCGCUUGGGCCGCCGACAACCGGCACUCAUGACCGCUUGGGUCGCCGACAACCGCGCGUUUCCUGAUUUAUCUAUAAAUAAACCGAUACGUUUACGCGACUUGAUAAGACAAAUUCGUUCGGCUAAAACAGCAGCCGAAGAAAGAGCUUUCGCUGUUUUGUGUGCUGCACGAAUAAUUAGAAAAGUACCCGAAUUGAUGGAUAUGUUUUUACCGUCCGCUAGAAGUCUUUUAAGUGAAAAAAAUCAUGGUGUGAUAUUAAGUGUGAUUACUCUCGUCAUAGAAAUGUGCCAUAAAAAUACCGAUGGCGUACAACAUUUUAGAAAAUUGGUACCAAAUCUUGUUCGCAUAUUGAAAAAUUUGAUUAUGUCUGGCUACAGUCCUGAUCAUGAUGUUUCAGGAAUAAGUGAUCCAUUUUUACAAGUUCGUCUGUUACAGUUAAUGCGAAUCGUAGCCAAAAAUGAUGUCGAAGCGAGUGAGGCAUUGAAUGAUAUUCUUACGCAAGUGGCUACAAACACUGAAAACAGUAAAAAUGUUGGCAAUGCUAUUUUGUACGAAGCAGUUCUAACGAUUAUGAAUAUCAAAUCCGAGUCCGGUCUUCGUGUAUUAGCCGUCAACAUAUUGGGCAGGUUUCUUUUGAAUAACGAUAAAAACAUACGAUAUGUUGCAUUAAAUACCCUAUUGCGCGUUGUCCACGCUGAUUACAAUGCUGUUCAACGACAUCGUACAACCAUUGUUGAAUGCCUCAAAGAUGCUGAUGUUUCCAUUAAAAGACGAGCAAUGGAACUAUGUUUUGCAUUAACCAAUUCAAAUAAUAUUCGCAUGAUGAUAAAUGAAAUGAUUGGGUUCUUAGCAAUUUGUGAAAUAGAUUUUAAAGCUGAUUGCACGUCAAACAUGUUUCUUGCCAUGGAACGAUUUGCUCCCUCUAAGCGAUGGCAUGUAGAUCAAAUGAUGAGAGUUUUAACGACGGCUGGCAAUUCUGUACGCGAUGAUAUUGUUUCAAGUUUAAUUGGCAUCAUAUCUUGUUCGCCCGAUUUACAUGGGUACACAGCACAACAGUUAUAUAAACUAAUUCAUCAUGAUAUUACUCAGCAACCACUCGUUCAAGUUGCCUCGUGGUCAUUAGGCGAAUAUGGCGAUUUAUUUGUAUCUGGCCAACUGGAAACUAAUGAUGACACUGUUCAUGCAAGUGGAGACGAUAUUGUAACUGUAUUAGAGAAAGUUCUCAGUUGGACACCAAGUACAAUUGUCACGCGUGAAUAUGCGAUCAAUGCUCUCAUGAAAUUAAGUACACGUUUUCCAGUUUGUUCCGAUCGAAUACAGACUAUCAUGACCAUUUAUUCCUGUAAUAUGAAUUUAGAACUACAAACACGUGCUGUUGAAUAUACCUCUUUAUUUACAGUACACAAUUCUCUAAGGCCAAGUAUUGUGGAACGUAUGCCUGUAUUAGUUAAUAAUCAAAUUCCAAAUUCUGUUAACGAAGAUCAUCACCAGCAGCAGCAGCAAUCGAAUGGAGAUAAUAAUCAAACAUCUCCAAUAACAGAAACUCUAACAGUGAAUCCUAAACCACCAACAGAAGAAAAUCUUCUCAAACUACUGGACGAGAUUCAACCAACAGUAACGAAUGGAGUAUCGAACGAUAACAAUAUUUUAGGAUUAUUUAAUAACAAUAGCGCAACGCCUUCAGCAACAUACCCAUUAGAAGAUUUGCUAUUUGGUGGAACACAAUCCACCCCUCAAGUUAAAAAUCAUUCUGCCAAUGUGAACAGUACAAUUCCAAAUAUGACUGUUAUUGACAAAAAUGGUUUACAAGUGAUAUUUAGUUUUGAACGAAACGAUCCAAAUAUAACAAUAACUUUACGAGCAUCAAACGCAACAUCAUCUCCCAUUUCAUCUUUUUUGUUCAAAGCAGCUGUUCCAAAAACAUUUAAUCUCGAGCUACUCUCUCCUUCGGGUACAGACAUACCUCCGAAUAAUAGUGGAAACAUUCGUCAGAUUAUCAAACUCAGCAAUCCCAAUAAGGAACGUUUAAGAAUGCGAGUCGAUAUCAGUUACAUAAUUAAUGGUAUUUCAAUGACACACAAAGCUGAAUUAAACGCAUUUCCCGAACAAUGUUGUAGUUAA